UUGCUCUUUGGGUCCUGCCCUAUGUCUGGGAACUCACGGCCCUGAGGUUGUGACAUAAUUUGGUGGCAGCAGUGGGAUAGGAUCCCAGGACCCAAAAGGCACCAUGAGCACCCCACCUGGAUUCUACGCUGACCCAUUGGAUCUCUUCGCUCGCAUGGAUUACUCCUGGACUCCAGAGAUCCCUACUGAUCCCAGAGAGAGGACCCUGUUCUGGCUGAGAUGUGAGUCACUGGGACUAUCUGGGGAGGAGGGUCUGGCAUAUGGAGUAGGGCAGUUAGUGGCAGGAGAGGCAGACCUGGAGGAUGGGUACUAUGUUCUGCAGCGCACCAUGCACCAACCAGGUGGGAGAUAUUGGCACAGUCCCUAUACAGUGCUUCCGCUUCCCUGUAGCUUGGCGGAAUGGCACGGCCAAUGGGAGAGGCUGAAUUUCUGUGACUAUAGCACCUUUGUGGGUAACCCAGAGGAGGAAUUCCAUACCCUCUAUGCACAGCGCUUCUUUUAUAUAGGAAUGAAUGAUACAGAGGAACGGAGGGACUGGCUUGCUGACCUGGUGUAUCAGGAACUGGAAUUGAUAAAAGAGUAUGGGAGUAUCCAGGAAUUGGAAAACCAAUGCAAGGAAGCACUGAGGGUAUGUGCACCAUCUUUUUGUGGUUUUCAGCAGGCACAGCCAUGCCUUGGUACUGUAGGUCCAAAAGACUUUCACUUACCCCCCAGUACAGUCAGUGCCGGGGUAGGGGAGGAACAAGAAGCUUCCCAAACAACUUUAUUUUGGUCCCCAAGGGAAAUCCCUGUUUGUUUAGAGUCCAGUGGUUGUGUUACCCCUGAGCUGGCAGAACCGGAGAGUGGGUGCUGUCACUUUAAAGGCUUGGCAGAGGCUGAGGCCUCCCCAAGUGAAAUCCCUGUUUGUGAGGAGUCCAGUGGUUGUGUUGCCCCUGGGCUGGCAGAACCGGAGAGUGGGUGCUGCCACUUUAAAGGCUUGGCAGAGGCUGAGGCCUCCCCAAGUGAAAUCCCUAAUUGUGUGGAGCCUGGAGUUGCUCAGUUUGAAAAAAACUCCAAGGAGGGAAGAGAGGAGGAUUCCCCACUACCUGAGUUGUUGCUGGCUGGAGAGGACCAGGAGCAGGACCAAGAGGAAAGCAUUGCUCAGCAUUCCCCAAUGUCUAUCAGAGCAGUCAGUUCUGGGAAUGGAGUAAGGGGCACCCCAAAAGCACAACGUGUAACCAGGGCAGUUGUUCCGGAAACCCCCUCUGGCAGACAACAAGGCCAGAGAAUUACCCCACAGAGAAAUAAAACACUGGUGAGUCCCCGUGCUGUCCCUACAAUAUCUCCCAGAUGGAGGGGUCCCCCAUUGUGUAAUGUUACAGGGAUCGGGGCCUUGAGAGAGGUUGGGUGGAACUUAGAAUUAAAGAAAAGACAGGGGGAUAAACAUUUGUCUAAUACUCUUUGGGGUCCACUGGUCAUUGGGGUCACUUGAAGAUGAGUCACCUUGGCCUGACUGCUUGGGGGGGGGGAUACAGACUGUACCACCUGGGAUUGUUCCCUUCUCCCUGGAAGGCCCCUUUAUUGUCCUGGAGGCCAGAACUGUGACAUUUACAGGGUCGCCCAUAUGGAGGAGAGAGGGUUAAUGACGGCCGCCCUGAAAUAUCCCUCUUAGAUCCUGUGGGUUAUGUUUACACCCCAUCUUGUUAUUCCUGUUUUGCCAAUCUGCCCCCCCCAAGGAACUAAAGACUUUUGCUUUAUGGGAAUUGGCUAGUGAGGCUGCUGGGAACCUGUGUAGGCCCCCAGCAGGCUCACUAUUUGGGAAGGGGGAGAAAUGUGACAUAACAAACUGUAUAAGUUGGAUGAAACUA